CAAAGCGAGCUGGAAGGUCUGCUGCUAAGCAAAGCCGAGGUCCAUUGUGCCGGUGCGUAGUGCAUACAAGCAUUUUGCACCGUACAGGCCUCUUUCAAAGCUGCUGGCCUAUCAUCAAGAUGGCCUCUCUUGUUAGGAUACAAGCGAGAGUCCUUCUAUUAGGGGCUGUUCUUGGAUUCGCCUUUGGUCAACACGGAGGAAUGGGUGGUGGUGGUAUGGGUGGCAUGGGUGAUGUCGUCCCUGGUACUUGCCCCGUCUUCCCCCCACCAGCAGAAUGCCCGCCUGAGCCUGACAACGAGUGCGAAAACGAUGCUGGUUGUGCACAGCUGAACCCAGGCCUUGGACUCAAGUGUUGUAAAGAUGGCUGCGAUUUCCGUUGCGUCCCACCCAUCCCGCCCCCGACGCCUCCGCCCCAGAGGAGAGGACCCCCUGGAGACCCAGGACCAAAGGGCAACAAGGGUCAGCCUGGUGCCCAAGGUCGACCAGGAGCCCCUGGUGACCGAGGAGAGAGGGGAUCAGCCGGUAGUGAUGGACCCAAGGGCGAGGCUGGUGGUCCAGGUCCUCUUGGACCCAUCGGACCCCCAGGACCUAUCCUCGAUUACAAUGACACAAGCGGCGCUGGACCUGAUCCUAUUUUGAUUGGUUCGAUCGUGAGAUCUAGAGACUCUAAAGGCCCAGGCGCUGGCGGAAUCAUAGCUGAGAUCCAGGGACCCCCAGGAGAGCCAGGUCGACCUGGAAGUGCUGGUAGGCCCGGACCACGUGGUGCUGAUGGGGAGAGAGGAGAGCCCGGAGAACCUGGAGCUGCCGGCGCGAAAGGCGCUAAGGGAGAAGGCGGAGCACGAGGACCGAUGGGAGAGCCCGGUAGAGAUGGAAACGACGGUCAGCCAGGUCCCCCCGGUCUAGUAGGAGAACCAGGACCAGAGGGUGAACCGGGACCCGUUGGACCAACAGGAGUUCCUGGACUUCCCGGUGUCAAGGGAGACAGAGGUGAGCAAGGCGCAAGGGGAGAGAAGGGCGAGCAAGGCAAGACUGGGGAGCGGGGACCAGUAGGAGAAGCCGGUAGACCGGGACAAAACGGAUUACCGGGAGAUGUGGGUCCGCGUGGACGCCGGGGACCCGAUGGCUCGCCCGGAAAGAUCGGACCACAAGGACCUAGAGGUCAAGCCGGACCACAGGGAGCCGCUGGCAAAUCAGGCGCCCCUGGGCCACAGGGAUCCCAAGGUGUUCCUGGCACUAAGGGUGACCGCGGAGAGCCUGGUGCUGUAGGACCUCGAGGCCAGCAGGGUGAGGAAGGACCCACUGGGCCUGCUGGACCAAAGGGUGAUGCCGGCAAGAACGGACAGGACGGCAGGCCUGGAUACGAUGGAGCCAAGGGAGAACGCGGUCCUCUUGGUGCAAUGGGCAUCCCUGGAUCACCUGGCCCUGAUGGCUCGCCCGGUCUGGCUGGGGCACCUGGAGCUGCUGGCAAACCCGGAGAUCGGGGAGCACCUGGCAAGCAAGGCAAGCAGGGAGUCAGUGGGGAGAAGGGGAACCAGGGCAAACGUGGACCUGCUGGCGCUGUCGGACCUCUUGGUACCACAGGAAAAAGGGGCAAGCCCGGCCGUAAGGGACCUGCUGGAGCUCAAGGCCCCACUGGACCUACCGGUGAGCAAGGUGCUGUUGGAUUCCAAGGAGCUGAUGGAGCACAAGGAGCUAAGGGAGAGCGUGGACCUAAUGGCGCACCUGGUGAAAACGGAAUGAAGGGAGAGCGGGGUUCCUCUGGUCGUCCUGGAGAUGCUGGAAGACCAGGCCAAAGAGGACCAACAGGCAUCCCUGGCAAACCCGGCAAACUCGGAAACGCUGGAGUACCCGGUAUUCCCGGAGACGACGGGCGCCAAGGACCCCCUGGACCACAGGGAUCCCGAGGUGUCACCGGACCACCUGGAUUCAAUGGCGAUAAGGGAGCCAACGGAGCCCCUGGACGCGCGGGUGACCGCGGAGCUCAGGGUCCUCAAGGACAGAAGGGAGAUAAGGGAGGAGCUGGAGCACGUGGUCUACCUGGCGUGGCUGGAACGCCUGGAAGACAAGGAGAGAGGGGUGAGAAUGGACUUCAAGGGUCUCCUGGGCCUCAGGGACCAGUCGGACCAAUUGGAAGAACUGGAGAGACUGGCAAAGUGGGACCACCGGGACCCCAAGGAGAGCGCGGUAACGAUGGUAAACCUGGAGAGCAGGGAGAGCGUGGAGCAGUAGGAGAAGUUGGACCCACAGGAUCCCCCGGACCUGCUGGUCAACCGGGAGUCAGUGGAGAGGCUGGUGCUGACGGAACACCGGGAGACAAAGGCCCAAUGGGCAAACCUGGACCGGCGGGAUCAUCUGGAGGACUGGGUCUCCCCGGCCCUCGUGGAAGGCCUGGAUACGCAGGACCCAAGGGCGAGCCUGGCGAGAGAGGUCGUAUCGGUCCAAAUGGAAGGUCCGGCAAAGACGGAGAUCCUGGUAACGACGGUGCUAACGGAGCUCCAGGCCCUCCAGGUGCCUCCGGAGAGAAGGGUUACGCUGGAACCCCAGGUGUUCCCGGAAGACGCGGCAAGAACGGCGAACAGGGAGAGCGUGGCCAACAAGGAUCCUCCGGCGCUUCUGGUCUUCCAGGACGUCCCGGAUCCCCUGGACCGGCAGGAGCUCCCGGACUUAAAGGACCUCGUGGCGAGAAAGGAGCUAAGGGCGACCGUGGAUCCAAGGGACCCAAGGGUGUGCAAGGAGGCGCUGGCAUGGCCGGUAACCAGGGCAACAAAGGAGACCGCGGAAUGCCCGGCCCGGUUGGAGCUCGUGGAGCGACUGGCUCAGACGGUCGACCUGGUGUGCAAGGUCCUCCUGGUCCACCAGGUCCAAUCGGCCCCACUGGAAACCCUGGUAUUCCUGGGAUCAAGGGUGCUAGCGGCUUUCCUGGCAAACCUGGUCUACCUGGAAACCCAGGAAUCCCUGGAAUUGGUGGCCGAGACGGAGACAUGGGACCAGCUGGAGAGGAUGGCCGACCCGGACUACCAGGCCCCCCUGGAGCUACUGGAGCGAAGGGCGAAGACGGAUUCACCGGUCUGUCCGGACUUCCUGGACUACGUGGACAAUCUGGUCCUGCAGGAGAGAAGGGUGACCCAGGUCCAGCCGGUCGGGAUGGUAUCAAUGGCGAUGUUGGACCACCAGGAUUCCCCGGUCGCCGAGGACCACCCGGAGCACGUGGACCCAAUGGCGUCCCUGGCUCUGAUGGUAUAAACGGACAGGACGGUGCGAACGGUCAGCCCGGAGAAAGGGGAGCCAAUGGGGAACCCGGCUCAGCCGGUUCUCCCGGUACUCCAGGAGCCAUGGGACCGCCAGGAGACUCAGGAAGCAAGGGAGCUGCCGGCAUCAUUGGAGAACCUGGUGACCCAGGAAGAGAGGGAACACCCGGUGAGAGAGGUCCACAAGGCCCCAAGGGCAAACAAGGUCUUCCCGGAGACAGAGGAGAUCAAGGCUUGGAGGGACCUAAGGGCGAUCCAGGAUACACUGGCAAGCCUGGUAAAUAUGGAGAUGAUGGUCUGGAGGGUGAGAAGGGAGAUGGCGGUAGGAACGGAACACAGGGCGCAAAGGGCUCCAUGGGCUCCCCAGGACCUCGCGGACCUAUUGGUCCACAGGGUGACCCAGGACCAGAGGGUGUGAUGGGACCACAGGGACCCCCUGGGCAGUCUGGCGAGCGUGGACAAUCUGGAGAUGAUGGUCGAGUGGGACCGCCCGGACCCCCUGGACCCCCAGGACCACCUGGCGAGCCAGGCGCCAUCCCAAUCAGUCAGAUAUACGUACAGUCCCAGCAAUCCAAGGGCCCCGACUUCCGUCUCUACAGUGGCAAGUCCAAGAGAACCGGCGACAAUAACGCCAACAAACAAAUGUUUGAGGAGUCGAUCCCUCAACAAACCGAAGCGGUCAUUAACCUCCUUAUUAACAAGAUUGUCACAUACAAGGAACAGGAGGGAACAAAGGGCAAGCCAGCAAGAUCAUGCCGAAAUCUUAAGAUCGAUAAUCCCGACAAGAAAUCAGGAUACUAUUAUAUCGAUCCCAACGAGGGAUCUCCUUCCGACGCUGAGGAAGUUUGGUGCGACUUUACCACAAACGCGACCUGUGUCUUCCCCAAGAACACCGAGAUCAUCACAAGGAGCCUUGUUGUCAAUAGCAAUGGCGAGGACACCUGGAUCACAGAAAAUGAUGACGUCAAGAUCGAUUACAAGCUUGACGUGGUCCAAAUGAAGUUCCUUAGACUGAUGCACAAAACCGCCAAGCAAAAUAUGACCUAUCAUUGCUACAACUCCCGCGCUUGGGAGGAUUCGCGUACCAUCAAGUUACUUGGUGACAACGAAGAAGAAAUAACCGCCAAGCUUCGCUUGAAUGAGUGCCAGAACAAAGACAACCAAUGGCACAAGACAGUGCUUGAUAUCUCCACCAAGCAGAAAGACAAACUGCCAAUCAUCGAUGUCGCCCCUUACGACUUACAAGAUGGAGCUCAAUUUAAGAUCGAACUUGGACCAGUAUGUUUCGCGUAACCGCGACUUUUAUCACCAUUGGGGAAGCAGAUAGUUUAUUAUUACCAAUCUGUAUAUUGUUUAAAAUAUCUAAAUUAGAAAGUAAAAGAACUUUGUAGGUACGCGUUCCCUUAUAUUUGUGGAGAAGCUCUAGACGAGAGACCCUGAUGUCCGCUUUAGGCAAUUCAUAUUAUGGAUCUUGUUUUCGUCUUUCCUCGCCUUGAUAAAUAAACGUCUUUCUCGUAUUGAUAUAUGUCAUAGCCUCGCUCCAUAUAGUCAUUCCAGGGGAGUAGCACUUCUCUAAGCAAGGUGUAAAUCAAUACUAGGAUGUUUCAUUGUUUUAGCCUUUGGUAGCCCUCUGUUGUUUAACUGUUAAUGUUGCGUGGUUUAAAGCUAUGCUUGUCAAAUAGUGCAUUUGUGUGUACUGACAGUACACGGGAAGUAUACAAUCGUCAUAUUUGAUCCAGAUCUAUUUGGAGUUUUUUUCUUAAAUAAAAAUGCGAUCGUUUGUAAUAAAUGAUUAUAUACGUUGAAA